GCCCUCCUGGGGCCCUGGCAUCUCCUGAGCGCCGGGUGGUCCAGGGCCUCCCGCCCGGGAUGGGGGACGGAUCCAGUUGGGAGUCCAGAGAGCCCUGGCCCCCCUCUCCCUGGGACACGGUGUCGGGAUGAGGGCCACUGGGCAUUCUGAGAGGGUCUGUGACCCGAGCCCAUGUCCCAAGUGCUGGCCUCCGAUGCUUGGUGCUCAGGAAGGCCGGGAUGUUACCCUGGCUGAGGCAUACCAGGUACUGUGUGGGGACGGUCUCCGGAUCCCCCUGGACCAGACUCCCGGCUCUGCACGUCAUGGCCGUGUUGGCCGUCCUGGAAUGCCUCAGUGUCCUCAUCUGUAAAUCGGGUCAAUAAGAAUGAUCGACUUUCAUAACACGGGGCCAAGUGAAAUGGGGACACCCGUGAAACCACAUCACAGCCUGCUCAGCACCCACGGGCCUCUGUUCGUACGAGCUCACGGUACUCUGUGCCUCAGGGGUCCCGACAGGCCCCGAGAGCCCUGCAUUUGGCACAUUUUUCAGGACGGAGCCCCUGGACUGCCAGGUUGCCUACCCGGGAGGAGGAGGAAGAGGAGAAAUCCGUCUGCUGGGGCCUGAGCGUGGCCUGGGGGACCGACCAUCGUCCCAGGAUGCCCCUGCCCGAGCCCAGCGAGCAGGAGGGUGAGAGUGUGAAGGCUGGCCAGGAGCCGACCCCGGAGUCCCCUGAGCCAGGGACAGAUGUCGUCCCCGCCGCCCCCACGAAGCCCAAAGAGUUCUCCAAACUGGUCCUGCUGGCAGCCUCCACAGAGAAUGUGGAUGAGGUGGACUCCCAGCCCAAAGGAGGGCACUGUGUCAUGUCCCUGGAGUUGUCUGGCCCUGACACGCUAGCCAGGACCCCCCAGAUCCUGUCAGUGGAGGAGCAAGCGGGCACAGUCCAGCCAACCCCCCAGGUCCCUGAGCAUAAACGCAGCAAGCCAGACACAGCAGCCCUCACGCCCCUGGAGUUCCUGAGGACCCCUUUCGGGGGCCGCCUCCUGGUGCUCGAGUGCUUCCUGUACAAGCAGGAGAAGGCCGUGGGGGACAAGGUGUACUGGAAGUGCCGCGAGCACUCUGAGCUGGGCUGCCGGGGCCGGGCCAUCACCCGGGGCCCACGGGCCACAGUGAUGCGCAGCCACUGCCACCCGCCUGAUGAGGAGGGCCUGGAGGCCCGGCGCCAGAGACAGAAGCUGCCCAGCCCAGCCCUGCCUGAAGGCCUGGGGGGUCCGGAGGGCCCCGGGGGCCAAGUGGAGGAGCCACUGGAAGGGGUGGGCCCGUGGCUGUGCCCUGAGGAGCCGGAGCCCGCCCCUGGCUUGGUGCUGAGCAGGCCGGCCGCAGAGGAGGAUGAGGGCCUACGAGCCCUGUCGCUGCUGAGCUUGCCCCCCAAGAAACGGCCGACGCUGGGGACCGGAGAACCCCGGCCCCUGGAGUUCCUGAGGACUUGCUACGGGGGCCAGUUCCUGGUGCACCAGUGCUUCCUGUACAAGCGAGAGAAGGCCGUGGGCGACAAGGUGUACUGGACGUGCCGGGACCACGCUCUGCACGGCUGCCGCAGCCGGGCCAUCACCCAGGGCCAGCGGGUGACUGUGAUGCGUGGCCACUGCCACCCGCCGGACGUGGAGGGCCUGGAGGCCCGGCGGCAGCAGGAGAAGGCCAUGGAGACGCUGCAGGCCCGGCCGGGCGGGCCCGGAGGCCAAGUGGACGAGCUGCUGUCCCGCGGUGGGCCCGGGCCCCUGACUCUCAGCAGAGCCCGGCCUAGAAAGCGCGCAAAGGCCCUUCCGGCCCAGCCCCCAGCCCUGCAGGGCGCCUCCGCCGGGGACCAGGAGGAUGACCUGGGAGGCCCCGAGUUCCUGAGGACCCCUCUGGGGGGCAGCUUCCUGGUGUACGAGUCCUUCCUGUACAGGCGGGAGAAGGCGGCCGGGGAGAAGGUGUACUGGACGUGCCGGGACCAGGCCCGCAUGGGCUGCCGCAGCCGCGCCAUCACCCAGGGCCGGCGGGUGACUGUGAUGCGCGGCCACUGCCACCCUCCUGACCUUGGGGGCCUGGAGGCCCUGAGGCAGCGGGAGAAGCGCCCUGGUGCGGCCCAGCGGGGGAGCCCAGGAGGCCCCGAGUUCCUGAGGACCCCUCUGGGGGGCAGCUUCCUGGUGUACGAGUCCUUCCUGUACAGGCGGGAGAAGGCGGCCGGGGAGAAGGUGUACUGGACGUGCCGGGACCAGGCCCGCAUGGGCUGCCGCAGCCGCGCCAUCACCCAGGGCCAGCGGGUGAUGGUGAUGCGCAGACACUGUCACCCGCCCGACCUGGGGGGCCUGGAGGCCCUGAGGCAGCGGGAGCAGAUCCCCAGCCCAGCCCAGAGGGAAGGCUCAGGAACGCUGCAGCCUCUGGAGUUCCUGCGGACUUCGCUCGGGGGCCGGUUCCUGGUGUACGAGUCCUUCCUCUACCGGAAGGAGAAGGCGGCCGGGGACAAGGUGUACUGGAUGUGCCGGGACCAGGCCCGGCUGGGCUGCCGCAGCCGCGCCAUCACCCAGGGCCAGCUGGUGACGGUGAUGCGUAGCCACUGCCACCUGCCUGACCUGGCGGGCCUGGAGGCCCUGAGGCAGCGGGAGCGGCGCCCCGGCGCGGCCCAGCAGGAGGACCCAGGUGGAGACAGGGCUGGGGGUCAGAGAAAACACGAAACUUCCGCCAGAAGUGCAGCUGCGUGUCCAGAGCGUCCCUGCGGAAACCCAGCAGGUGUGCGGGUAACGGUGUCCGUUGUCUGACGUCGCACCACAGAUCGCCCGAAACGUGGUGGCUUCUGGCGACGGAGAGUCACCGUCUCCCACAGCUUCUGUGGGCAGGAUUUCCUGAGUGGUUGGGCCGGUGGUUCUGGCCCGGGGUCUCUUGUGAGGUUGGAGAAGGUGUCAGCCGGGGCCGCGGUGACGCGAAGGCCGGCGGGGGCUGGAGAGCCGCUUCCAAAGCGACUCAUUCAGUCAGCACGGCCGUGGGCUGCUGGCCUCAGCUCCUCCCCGCACGGACCGCUCCUCAGAGCUGCUCUGGUGUCCUCACACCCGAUGGCUGUCUCCCCACGAGCGCCCCGAGGGAGGGAGCCGAGCGAGAAGGCCCGCAGUCCUCCCACGCGCACGCGGGGCUCGGUCGGGCGGACCGCGUCUCGCCCCUGACCCAAGGCCCCAGAAUUCUACGAGGACUGGGUUCACACCAGCUGUGUUAUCGGUCACAGUGCGACAAAGCCAGAAGUCGGGACGCGGAGAAAGUUGGGGACCUCAUAAAUGUGACAGACAACACGCUCCUGAACAACCGAUGACUCGGGGGGAGAAAUCCCGAGGACAGUGGAAAAUAGCCCGAAAUGAACAAAAUGGGGCAUCGCCAGAUGCGCGGCCGCAGCAGAGCCCUGCUGACGGGGAGCCUGGGGCUGUGAGUUCCUGGAUUAAGAAAUGAGAUGUCAACGCGUUAACUUAAACUUCCACGCGAAGACCCUGGCGAAACACGAACGAGGCAGUCCUGCAGCGAGAGGGGGAGACGAUAGGGAAUGGAAAUUCACGACAUAGAAAAAAGUCGGUUCUUUGGAAGGAUCAUCAAAAUUGAUAAACCUGUAGCUCCAUUACCCCCAAAAUUGGCUUUUAAGGAUAGGGAAGACUCGGGGGCACCUGGCUGGCUCAGAGGAGUGUGGGAGUCUUGUUCUCAGGGUCAUGAGUUCGAGCCCCACAUUGUACGUAGAUCUUACUUUAAAAAAAAGAAACAACUUUAGGGGCGCCUGGGUGGCUCAGUUAAAUGUCUGGCCUCGGCUCAGGUCAUAAUCUCGAGGUUCAUGGGUUCGAGCCCUCCGUCGUGCUCGACAGCUGUCCUGCUGACAGCUUGGAGCCUGGAGCCUGCCUCGGAUUCUGUGUCUCCCUCUCUCUCUGCCCCUCCCCCUCCUCAUGCUUUGUCUCUCUGUCUCUCUCAAAAAUAAACAUUAAAAAAUGAAAUCUUUAAAAAUCAAAUAAGGAUAGGGAAGAUUCCAAUUCCUAAAAUCAAGAAUGAGAGACACUACUACCUACAUCACAGGGAAACACACACACACACACAUAUACACACACAGAAGGAUUGUAAGGGAAGCUAUGAGGCCAGCCAAUCCAGUAACUCAGAUGAAGUGAAUGCAUUUCUAGAGAGGCAAGUACCAAGUCUGGCUCGUGAAGAACUACGAAAAUCCGAACAGGCCUGUAACAGGUAAAGAGGCUGAAUUAGAAGUUCUAAAACUUCCCGUCAAGGAAAGCGCGGGCCCGGAGGUCACUGGUGGCCUCUACCUACCAAACACUAAACGAAGAAUUAACACCCGUCCUUCACAGACUCUUCCUCAAGGUAGAAAAGGAGGAACAGGACCUUUAGGGAGAGUGGGGGUGCCCUCGAAGUGGCCGUGGUCCUGGGCGCACGGCUGUGGGGACACUGCGCCUGUCGUGCUCCAAGCUCAGGGCGGACACGGUGGAGUGAGAACAGCAGCUCAAAACUCGCUGAAAAAAAACAGGAAGGAAGCCGUGGUGACUUUCCGACCAACACCACACCCUGUCCCUCUUGCUUCACUCUGUUCCUCCACCGCACGGAGCCCAUGCUCGAGGGGAGGGCAUCGGGCUCCCGCACCUGAGAGGAGGGAUAGCAGAGAACUCGUGAUUUCCAAACCCUUCACGGUGAUACAAGAGAACUUCUUGUUUCUUGACAGAGAAUCUUGCAAAGGCCACAUGCAGAGCCCCGGGGACUCCGGAGGCGGGGGUGGGACUUCUCAGGAGAGUGGGUGGUUCCUCCCGGACAGGCUGGCGUAGAAAGCCAGAGAAUUCCCAAAUUGUAGGUUAAAGGAAACGGUACAGGGCACCUGGGUGGCUCAGUCAGUUAAGUGUCUGGGUUCGGCCCAGGUCGUGAUCUCACAGUCCGUGGGUUCGAGCCCCACGUCGGGCUCUGCGCUGACAGCUCAGCGCCUGGAGCUGCUUCAGCUUCUGUGUCUCCCUCUCUGCCCCUCCCCCACUCACGCUCUCACUCUGUCUCUCUCAAAAAUAAACGUUAAGAAAUUAAAGGAAAUGGCACAAUGCGUGUAUGUGUACGUGUGUAACAAGGUCUAGUCCAUGGCGAUCUCUAGGGAGAAGGAAACUAGGGUCUGCUUCUGCCGUGUUUGGAUGUUUGUAACGAACGUGUGUUUCUUUGUAAUCAGGAAGGUGAACUGUACGAAACCGCCCAGUGAGGAGCAGUGUGGCCCAUCCCCUCCCGACGGGAGCACGGGGACCUCGUGCUGCCAGCAUCACGGAUGCUCCGAGCCCACCCAGGACCCUGGCGUUUCCCACCCGGUUAGAUUUUGCUUCACAAAGACUCUUCCACUCCACAGCACGGUGGCCUUCUCACUUCUUCACGGGGCCUCCCAAGAGGAAAAUUCUGAUGGUGUCUUCGAGCGGGCACACGGGAGCUGGCGGCCCGCACACAUGGGUGACUCGGGGAGAGCCCCCGCCCCCCCCAUGGAAGACCUGGAGAAGCAUCUUUUCACGGAGACACCUCUCCCCCGCUCCGCCGCCCCGAGCCGCGCACACCCGUCCACUUUCAGAGCACGUGACUUUGCCAAGGCCUUUCCAGUCCGGUGCGGCCCUGCUUGGCCAGGGCGCGUUUGGAGAAGUUCCUGCUGCUUUGGGCUCAGCUGUCCCGCGUAGCUCCGGCCUCCCCCGGUGUUCUCUGGGCAGGGUCCACGUGGGCCUUUGCGCCCCUCGGCCACCUGCCACUGGGCCGCAGCCCCCCCCCCCCCCCCGCCUGGUAACAGCAGCCCCACCGCACUCCCCCUGCACGCGCCGUCGACUUUCUCUCCCUCGCUGUCUUCCCAGGGUCCAUGAUCCCCGUGGCGGGCGUCCCUGCCGGCGGUGGGAGCCAGCCCGGAUGUCCACGGGAAGGUGGCCCCGGACAGCCACGACCGGGCCCGCGGUGUGUGGGUUGCCCACGUCCGUGUGAUGCAGGAGACGCAGACUCAAAUGGCAGUGGAGGCCCACCCCUUCUGUCCGCCGGCGCAGGGGAGCUGGCCUGGCAGGUCCGAGAAGCAGGCGGCGGCGGCCGGGAGCCCCGGAGACACCUGCCGGGCCGUCCGGACAGCGAGGUUCCUUGUCUCCACGCUGUGACUGCAGAGCGAGCACGGGGCCACAGACUCCCUCUCUCCCGCCAAGCCGGCCAUGCAGCCUGCUGUCCGGCUACAGGACAGCGACAGCUUGGGACCCCACUGUCCCUCUGCUUACAGAUUUCCCGCCAAUAAACCCUAUUUUAUAUCUCA